AUGGCUCCAGCUCAUUUACACUCACAGCGCGUUGGACACCCACGCAACUACGGUUUCCGCAAGUCUAAGAGAACAGAAGACGCCCACGCACUGCCCAGCUACCAGCAGAAGACUCAUUUUCACGGCUACUUUCACGGCACCCCGCCACCCGAUCCACCUCAUAUAGCGCCGAUCAUCCCUAUACAACAAAGACGAAUUCCGCUGGCGCCCUACUUUCAUGAGAAUGUUGCGAUGAGUGCGCAGGCUGCGGCGUACGAAGAUGCUGUCACCACGAGAGUCUGGCGUAACGAGUGGGAAGUCGUGCCAGAAAACUUUGGCCCAUCUCGACCUCUACUCCUUCUCAACCGGCCUGCGAACGUCGACCUAAUGAGUCACACAUGGGAAACGGAGUCAGUUCAUCUGUGUCACUGGGAUCAAUACCACGAGCCAGAAGGCGUGCUUUCUCAACGCCUGGCAAAAGAGAGAAGGGUUAGGAAAAAGAAGCUGCUCUUGGGAAACAGCAGAUUCGAGCAAGAUAAGAGACGCAAGAAGGUGAAGCUGGCAGCUGCGACUGCGGAGGUUAUCGAUUUGACUCAAGAUAAUACUGUUGAAGGUGGAAACUUCCCGAGUUAUGCUGGCAUCAAGGAAGUUUGGAACUAUCCGCCAGGAUAUUUUCCCAGCUGA